CGCCGCCAUCUUGUGGCUCCACCUGUGUAGUACGGUGUAGAAGAACAAUAGCAGCGUAGUAGGAAGGAAAUAAACUGGACUAAUACAACAGGCGCCCAAACGGAGCUGCUGGAGAAAAUGUCACUGUUUGGAGGUCUUUAACAUUUUUACUCAGUACUGUUUGUUUUCUACAACCACCGCCAGGAAUCUCCGCUGUGUUACGACAAGACGAUUUGUCAAAGAUGAUGUUUUUUAGUUUGCAGCCUUCAGGAAGGACACCGUGCAAUGCAACAACACCGUAUAUAACGAAUAACAUGUGAUAUAACGGAUUGGAGCAUUUCUGUCUUCUUGAGUGUACAGUUUUGCAUUUUGGCGCAGUCUAUUUGAUAUAGCGAGUGGGAACAAAAUGGAGGGUAAUAAGCUGCUGUUAAGUUGCGCUUAGACUUAUCUAACCCUUAUCUUAGCUUAGACUGCGUGUACACCGCGGUUUCCAACCUGAAUGAGCUAUUUGCAGGAUAUAUUUGCUGGGCAGAAAGAAAGAGAAACGCGCUUUGGAGGGCAGGGACAGUGACAAGAGCCGUGUAAGGAAUACAGACACGUUACCAUUGUAACGGCUUUACGUUACUUCCUACAAAAUCCCAGACUGUAACGUUGUCCGGUAUGUGCACAAUACAAAUUGUUUGUUCUGCCAUAAGAAACACGUAGAGCUACUUGCAAAGUAAAAUAGUAUAAGGGUAACCUGAUAUCACACAAUGACCGACUCCGGAGAUACAGCCAGUGUUCCCGGCUGCUCCGGCCUCAGCAGCGGGGCGGGGCUGAGUUUCACCGCGGGCAGUGGACUCCCACCAGGCCGCCUCAGGACUAGUCUGUCCUCCCCCACUGCACCUGGAAGACUGACGUCCCUCAGAACCAGGGAUCUGACACUGGGGGGAGCCCUCAAAAAACCAAAGAAAACCUUUGAGCCAAAUGUCCAUGCUGUGAGGAAAAGCAAAGAUGAAUUAAAGGAAGAGGUCCGCGUGGCUCCAAAAAAGGAGAGGAGAGAGAGGGAUGAGAGGAGGAGAGAGAACAGAGGGAGGAGGAGAGAGAGGCCUCAGACCAUCCAGUCACACUCUAUCUUUGAACAGGGUCCUGCUGACACCGUACGCAAAACAGGCUGGCGUGGUGCUACAGACCUGCAUGACUCCACCAGCUCUCCUGUGUGUAAACUGCUGAAGAAAGAGAGGAAAGAGUCAGAGGAGGAUGAAGAUGAGAUACUCUGUAAACUACAGAGGGAUGAUUUCAUAGACGAUCCAGGUCUGAGGAAUGAUGCCAAGCUGAAACCCAUCCAGCUGCCCCUGAGUCAGUCCAGCAAGAGUCAAACACUGACAGCCACCACAUGUCCAGAGAACCCUCCUCUGUUCAGACCCCCAUCCUGUGAAGCUCAGAGUAGAGCAGGCUACAGCAGGACAGAAAUACCCAAACAAAAGCAGCCAUCCCUGGUUGAAGUGCUGCAGGAUCUGAGCCUGUCUGGCAGAGAGGAGCUCUUCUUCAUGCAGUUACCGGACUGUAUGCCGUGCAGAACGUCUGGACAGAAGGUCGAGCCUUCUCUUGGAUCUGCAGCAGAGAAAGCUGCCAAGAAGGAGGGCAAGCCUGAGGACAAGAGGCCUCCACAUCUACAACCACAAGAGACUGUGGUGAUGGAGGGCUGCCCUAUGCUGUCCCAGUUCCCAGAAGGAUUUCUAGGAAAACUGCAGAUCAGGAAGUCAGGAAAGGUGGAGCUGAAGCUGGGUGACGUCGUCAUGGACGUCUCUGAGGGAGCUGCAUUCUCCUUCCUGCAGCAACUGGUGUCUGUGCACCUGUCUGACGGUCGGACUGGAGACAUGAUGGUGUUGGGAAACGUCCACCACAAACUGGUCUUGUCUCCUGACUUCCAGGCUCUGCUAAGACAGGCGGCACCACAGCAGCAACAAGGGCCCUGAUAUCCCAUCUACUGCAAACUCAACAGAGCCCAGUGUUGAAUUCUGUAGGAAUCCUGCUCUGAUGGGAGUUGUUUAGUUUCCACCGUUCUCCUACCUCUGCUUUGAGGCUUAAAGGCAGCUACGUCUGCAGCUUUCCCUCAGUAGCCUUUUUUUCCUGUGAUGGCAGGAUCUGAAGGAUUUUGUCUUUCUCUGUGGUAUGAAGACAAUGCCAGAGGAGACAUGUUUUUUUCUUUUUGGAAAGGUGGUAUCAGACUCAACCUACUGAUCCACAAGGACGAUACUGUAUGUUGUUACCUGAGCACUGAUUUGCAGAUGGAUGACUUCACUCUUACACCAGCACAGCAGCAAGCAUGAUCGUGAGCUUGCGACUGUCUGAAGGUCAUUGGCUACAUGCUGAGUUAGUAGGCGCCCAGAGAAAGAUAAAUGAGUACAUUCACAUCUGACACCAGAGAAAGAGGAUACCCACCCACAGCCACUUGUUAUCAGAGACUUUGGGCCAGCAAAGCCACUGAGUGACUGCAUUUUGUACGUAAAAGGGACAAUUUACCCCAAAAUACUCUUACCUUUAGUGCCAUUUCUCCAUCUAGAUGGUUUUGGUGUGAGUUUUGGAAGUCUACCUUCUCUCCAAUGUAAUGGAACCAGAUGGCACUCUGCUUCUUGUUAGCAGUUUCAUGUUGGAACUAUUGUCUUUCUUCAUAUCACUGUGCCGAAGGCUGAGCUGUAACGUUAGCUAGCGCAAAUAUGUGUGCUACCUUCUGCGCAUUGAUGCAGUUGCUGAGUCUUGUUUGGUAGAAAGAAAAUAGGUCAUACGUGAAACUGCUCACAACAAGGUCUGUGGAUUAUCUUGAGGAACUGGGUCAUGAUUUCUGGAACGAGACAUUGCUGUUGAGGUUGCAUUUUUAAGCUUUGAGCAUUGGAGAGAAGGUUGACAUCUCCAAAACUCAGCAACUUACACCAAAACAACAAAUGGAUUAAUAGCUCUACUGGUAGGAGGACAAUACUGUCCCUUGAAGACAAUGAGAGUCUCACCAUGUGUGUAAUAUUUGGUGUUCAGUAGACUAAAAGAUGCAAAUUCAAAUCCCUGGACUGCUCAACCACUUACUGCACUGAUGUACAGUUUGGACCUUUUGUAGCAUUUAGCACACUUUAUUGUAGCAUUUUAAAUAUUGUUUUUAGAUGUUUGUUUGUGAUGUGAAUUGUUUGGGUUUUUUGCUGCAUCAUUUCAUUUUUUUACAAUUUAACAUAAUCUGUAAAUCCAGAUGUUGCUGACCUACAGUUGUUUAACUCAAGACUUUCAUCUAUUGCCAAAGUCUUUUCAUUAGAGUUUCUGGAAGCCCCUUCAGAUAAUGUUUUUGGACAAUUUCAGUCAGGCUUCCAGAACAGUUACAGCACAGAAACCAGAUGUUAGGGACUCCAGCCGUGGCAUGGUAUAUAAAGAUUAAAGCUAGUCAUGGCUCCAGAUCAACUCUAUGUCCAUGCUGUGCGCAGCCUCAAGUCUUCAGACACAAACCUGUUGGAUCGUCCCGUGUCUAGAACAGUGGUUCCCAACCUGGGGGUCAGGCCACCAGGGGUCACCAUAGCUUCACGUGGGGCUGCAAGGAUUGUUGUUGUUGAUUUGUGUUUAAAUUAUAGAUAAUGCUAAUUCUCAGCAUUUUGUUCAUUUCUGCGAAGAAAAACAAAACAUUUUUUUAUAGUUUAGAGUAUUACAGACCUGAACACAAGCUGUAUUCACAGAGCCUCCACUCUCUGAUAAACAGCCUCAUCCUGCAGUAGAAAAGUAUGCAGUCAAAACAACCAAAGAGCUAAUAGAACAAUGAGAAGAAAACAGUCAAAAAGAAGCCUAUUAAGUCUGUAUGAAAAAAAGUCUCUGAUCAAUAUUCACUUGAAAUAAUAUGCUCAAAAUGUACAUUUACACAACCUUCCUGCAGUUACUGUGUUCACUGUUUGUGUAUUAGUUCUCUACCGUGUAUCGAAAAAAGGGUGCGAGCCACUGCUCUAGACUGUAGACCAGAGCGAGCCGUGGCUCUGGAAUGACCUGCUUUAAUGAUGCCAGGGUUGCCUUAUCAACUUUAAAUCACUUCUUCAAACUCAUCCUGAUAAUAUUUGACCUUUUAUGCUAAUAUCUUAUGUUUUAUACUCUGUACACUGUAGGUUGUACUGUUUUUUGUAAUGCAUUCUUUGUUUCUGAAUCUUUGUUUUGAUGUGUAAAGCACUUUUUAAAAUUGGUUUUGAGAGAGGCUGUACAAAUAAACUUGUUAUUCUACAGUAAA